UCUUUAUAUGCUAUAUGAUUAAAGUUUUAGUAUUUUUUUACCCAUAAAAAUAUGUUUCAACUGGGAUGGAGCUUGCAUGCCAACUAUAUUAGUAGAGAAAUUGUUUCCUGCUGCAUUUAAUAGUACUGCAAUGAUUUCACAGUUAGUUUUCCAGAUUUUGCUGACCCGCAGAAGCAGCUUGUACAACUCCAUGUCCUGCUCCUGUCUCCUGGAGGGUCUACAUAGCAGGCAAAGGCUUUUCUCAAGGCUCUUUCAACCCCUCUUCUGUUAUUUCUUAGGUAAUUGCAAUAGUUAAUAGAAAAUGUAAAGUUUAUAUAGCUUUUAGCAUCUGUGUUGUGUUAUUUUCUCACGUACUGUGUAUCUAAGAUACUAGAUUGAAUUUGGUCUUUAAAGGCUGUGUUAUUCUCGUUAAAUGGCUCUAAACAGAAUGCUGUAAAGUACCACAGGUUUGGACAGGACAGAGGACAAACAAACUUUACUGCCAUUCAGUGUCUUGAUAGAAACAUCAUAAGCAAAAGUGGGGUUUUUUUGGUCAAGAUUUUAAGGACAAUGAAAUCACGGUUGAAUCUUUGUGAAAACUUAGUUUUCCUGGUUUCAGUUGUGUGAGAUCAGAUUUGAGACUCUUUCUUUUCUCGUUUUGUUGAUGUUUUGAGAGUGCUGUAGUACACACCGAACCUAAACUGCAGAAAGCUCUCCUCAGGUUAUCUGCACUGGCGGUGCGAUAAGGGCAAGUUUAACGAAGUCCAAGGUCUCGCUUUGCCCUGUAGCUAAAACAUUUUAUUUUCACGUUGUGCCUUUGCUGAAUCCGGCCCAGCCGGUCUGGAUCUGAGGGGGCUCCAGGACACGCCUGGCGGCCCGGGGGAGCCGGCGCUCCGCAGGUCCCGGCACGGGCUGGCGGGAGCCGGGCGGGCCCCCCGAGGGGCUCGCUGCUCCCCGCUCCCCGGCAGAAGCGCCCCGGCGCCCGGCGAUGCAGGCGGCCCGGGCGCGGUCCCGGCACCUGCGGCUGCCGCCGGUCCUGUCCCGUCCCGGUCCCGUCCCGUCCCGUCCCGUCCCGUCCCGCCCGCUCCGCCCCGGUCCCGUCCCGUCCCGGCCGGGCCGGGCCGCGCUGUCCGGGGAGCGGGACCGGGGCCGCGCGCCGCUCGCCACCGCCUCCCCGGUGACGUCACCGCGCGGUGACGUGUCGCCCGGCGGCGCGGGGGCCGCCGGAAGCGGCGGAAGGCGGCGCGGAGCGGAGCGGGUUGGUGCCGCCGGAGCGGCAGCGGCGCAGCGCGGAGCUCCAGCCCUGCGUUCCUUCCUUCGGUCCUUGUGUUCCUGCCUUCGCUCCGCGGCAGCGGCGGUACCGAUGAGCGGGCUCCGAGCGCCCGGCGUGCGGUCGGUGCCGACCUGCCUGCUCCUGCUGGGGCUGCUCCUGCCCGCCGCCGCCGCGGGGUGCGAGCUGGAGGCUGCGGACGGCGGCGGCCGGCGGGGAGGACGGGGAGGCGCGGCCGCCUCUGCGGCGGAGCCGGUGACAGAUCCCUGCAGUUCACUCAGCCCACCGUGCUUUACUGAGGAGGACCGAUUCAGCCUAGAAGCUCUCCGCAUGAUCCAUAAGCAAAUGGAUGAUGACAAAGAUGGUGGUAUCGAAGUAGAUGAAAGUGAUGAGUUUCUAAGGGAAGAUAUGCAAUACAAGGAUGCCUCAAAUAAACAUAGUCACCUGCACAGAGAAGACAAGCAUAUCACCAUUGAGGAUCUGUGGAAACGCUGGAAAACGUCUGAAGUUCAUAACUGGACUCAAGAGGACACUCUUCAGUGGCUCUCAGAUUUUGUUGAAUUGCCCCAAUAUGAAAAGAAUUUUAGAGACAGCAAUGUCAAUGGAACAACACUUCCCAGGAUAGCAGUAAAUGAACAUGCUUUCAUGAUCUCUCACUUGAAAAUAAUUGACCGGAGUCACAGACAGAAGCUUCAGCUUAAAGCCUUGGAUGUUGUUUUAUUUGGACCUCUCACCCGUCCCCCUCACAACUGGAUGAAGGAUUUUAUAUUAACAGUUUCUAUAGUUAUUGGUUUUGGAGGCUGCUGGUUUGCAUAUACACAGAACAGAACCUCGAAAGAACAUAUCACAAAAAUGAUGAAGGACUUAGAAAGUCUCCAAACAGCAGAGCAAAGUCUUCUUGACUUGCAGGAAAGGCUUGAGAAGGCACAAGAAGAGAAUAGAAACGUUGCUGUUGAAAAGCAAAAUCUGGAGCGCAAAAUGAUGGAUGAGAUCAAUGAUGCAAAACGUGAAGCUCAUCGCCUCAGGGAAUUGAGAGAGGGAGCUGAAUGUGAGCUCAGCAGGCUCAAAUAUGCAGAGGAAGAGUUAGUACAGGUUCGUAUGGCUUUAAAAAAGGCUGAGAAGGAGUUUGAGUUGAGAAGUAAUUGGUCUGUUCCUGAAGCUUUGCAGAAGUGGCUACAGUUAACACAUGAAGUUGAAGUACAAUAUUACAAUAUCAAAAGACAGCAUGCAGAAAUGCAAUUAGCAAUUGCUAAAGAUGAGGCAGAGAAGAUAAAAAAGAAGAGAAGCACUGUAUUUGGAACAUUACAUGUUGCACACAGCUCCUCCCUGGAUGAAGUGGACCAUAAAAUUCUUGAAGCAAAGAAAGCACUCUCUGAGUUGACGACAUGUUUGCGAGAGCGUCUUUAUCGAUGGCAACAGAUUGAGAAGAUUUGCGGGUUUCAAAUCGCACACAAUUCUGGGCUACCAAGCUUGACCUCCUCUCUCUACUCUGAUCACAGCUGGGUAGUUAUGCCUCGAGUUUCCAUUCCUCCCUACCCAAUUGCAGGGGGAGUUGAUGACUUAGAUGAAGACACUCCUCCAAUAGUUUCACAGUUUCAUGGGUCCAUUGUAAAACCUCCCAGCACACUGGCAAGAAGCAGUAGCUUGUGUAGAUCAAGACGCAGUGUUGUGCCAUCAUCUCCACAGUCUCAGCACGCUUUGCACUCCCCUGACCCUGACAUCCUUUCUGUGUCGAGCUGCCCAGCUCUCUAUCGAACUGAAGAGGAGGAGGAAGCCAUUUACUUCUCUGCUGAUAAACAAUGGGAAGUACAGGAAACAGGUUCGGAAUGUGACUCCUUAAAUUCAUCCAUUGGAAGAAAACAGUCUCCUCCAGCAAGUCUUGAGAUGUACCAGACAAUUUCUCCACAGAAAGUAUCACCAGAAGAAUUCUCACUUGAGGAAUCAUCUACGGGAGACUCCUCUUUAACUGCAGAUGUUUCUAGGGGCUCUCCUGACUGUGUAGGCAUGGUAGAAACUAAGAGCAUGAUCUUUAGUCCUGCAAGCAAAGUUUAUAAUGGAAUCCUGGAGAAGUCUUGCAGCAUGAACCAGCUUUCAACUGGGAUCCCAGUCCCAAAGCCUCGUCACACCUCAUGUUCUUCGACUGGCAGUGAUAGUAAACCCAGCCAUGAAGCUGCUUCUGUCCCCAGGAUAAGCAGCAUCCCACAGGACCUCUACCAGAAUGGUGAAAAAAAUAAAAAGCCAUCAAAAAUAAAAAACCUCUUUAAGAAGAAGUGUAAGUGAGGUGGGCAGAAGAAAACCUAUAGUAAUAUUAAAAGAACUCUAUUUUUUAAAUCUUUAGGAAUGUAAUUCCAUUUGAGCAUUCCAGACCGGAUGCUUUAAUGGAGUACUCUGUAGGUCACCUAUAUUUAAUGACUGUACUGUCAACGGUUGUGCCAGCUAUCAAUGAGAAAUCAUUAAAACGUUCAGACAGUUUACAUUAAUUUCUGCCUAUUUAUUUCUUUAUUUUUUUAGGUUGUCUUUUUCAGCUUUUUUUAAAAAUUUGAUUUGUUGGACUUUUUUAAGUUUAUUCAUAAACCAUUCUUAAGCCACUUUGGACUCCUAAGCUUUAAUGGACUAGUAAGCCUUCCUGGGCUUGCCAAAGUUUCUUGUUUACUGGAGCAUCUUCCUAUCUUUCCAUAGAAAUAGGAUGUUUAUCUACCGGACUUUAACAAAAAUAAAAGAAGUAGAACUAAAUGAAUUGCACUACUGUUUUACAGACUGGAACAGUCUCUGCAAGUGAAACUGAAAGACUUGUAUUUGACUGAGAAGAUGAAUCUUUUCACUUUUAGAUCUUUUGGGGUUUUUAAGUAGAAUUUAGCAUUUCUAAUUGACUUGAUUUCUGGAAAUGGAAAUGUCAUGCUUUUAUUAUGGGAAGCUUUGUUAGAUGCAUUUAUUAUUAGAAUGGUUCAAGUCCUGCUGUAAAGAUCAUUUUUUUCCCAGGACUUUCACUGUGAUUUUAAUUCACUGCAGACUGUAUGAGAAACAAACAAACAAAAAAAAAAACAGGAAAAAAAGAAAAAAGUAAAUUACCAAGAGAACAGGCUCUUGAAUCCUUAUGCAAGAUGGUUGUGAAACUUGACUGAAGACUGAAAAAAUUCACCUCUCAAAAUGAGGAGGGGGAAUAGUAGCUUUUGUUUACAGAUUGAUAGACAAUGGACAUUUGGGUGAAAGUUUGUACUGUGGUAAAGAUAAUAAAUUGGAAACAUUAUUGUGCUUGGGAAUGUUCCAGUUCUAGCUAAUGCUUGUUUCACACAUGUUUCAGAGGUCCUGUUAAUUGGAAGCUGUUGUAGGCUACACUGCUUAUGCUUACUGCUGUGUAUAAGUUAUUAUAUUUUUUGAAUUCGCUAUUAUUGUCUUAAUGUCCUCCUUUUGUAAGAUUUCAUACACUUUAUUUUUGUAUAGUUUGAAGAUUUAGCUGUUCAGAGAUGUCUGAAGUAAAUGGUAUAAUUUUAUAAUACAUACUGUUAUACUAACUCAUAAUUUUAGAUAUAAAGAUAGAUAUAAAGGUGAGGUGGCAUGCUUCAGAUAAAAGCAAUUUUUGUGAAGGUUUUUUUAGGGAGAGAUGAAAUUACUGUGAGGUAACAAGGAAGCCUUCUUAGGGUAGCAGUAGCUAGGUGUUCAAAAACAUCUUUUUAUUUUUUUUAAACAGUUGGAGAUGAGAAAUGUACGGCUUAAGCAACAGUGCCUUUUAUUCAGUUUGAAAAUAUUAAUACUGAGCAGGAAUUUCUUCUGAGGUACAUUCCAAAGAAAUAUCUCCUGCUCUAGUCAACAGAAGCAAUUUACCCAAUGAUGACUAAACAGUCUCAGAUCUUCCAUAGGGGUGUUAUAAUUGCCUCAGUAGCAGGUGCCACUGCCAGGGACUUGUGAUUAGGGGCUCACUUCUUGCCAAUAUAUAUGUGAUGUACUGUGUGAAAGAAUUAUUUCACGGACUGCCUACAUUUUUUCUAGUAAGGAGACUUCAAAACCUGUAGCUAAUUGAAAUCAAGUGAUAUGUGUCUUUUCUAUCAUUUUCUAUUUAGGUUCCACUGUACAUACCCAAUGUGUUAGUUCUCUCAAGAAGUGGUGGUGAUUUUACCAGAUUUACUGUGGUUAGUGACAUGGUGGAAAGAGAAGGGUUAUAAAAUGGGGUUGGAGACCUUGCAUGUGCAAGUACUUUAAAUGUCCUGGUACCAUCGGUUAAUUCCUUAAGAGAACAGAAAUAAUCCAGAGUUUUGUUGUCUAACAGAGACUGAUUGUAGGCCAUCUGUGCAGAAAAUCAUGGGACAAAUCAACUGUUUGAUGAAGUUUGGAGAAGAAAAAUUAGUGGAAGGAAAAUAAUGAGAACGUAAUAUUGUUCCAUUAUUCUCUGAAUGAUCAGAUUGACUAGCUGUAGCUUCAAGAAAAAAGUCAUUGCAAGGUAGCAAUGGUCUCUUUGAACAAAGAUUGUACACUCUGUACAUGGCAGACAAUAAAAAGCAGCAAUGAAAAAAGACUUGUGCUGAAGAACCACCUCGAUGCUGAGCCUUCAAGAGCUGUAGUUUAAAGCCUGAUAAAGUACUUGAACAUUUACAAAGGGAACAAUUACUUUUAUGCAAGUAGGGAACUUCCAGUGCCUCUCAAACAACAUGGAGAAGACUACUACCAGAAAAGUCUUGAUGCACUUGAGAAGGCUAUAGCAAUAAUUGAGUUUAAAAUAAGAUCUGGGGCUGGAGAGUAGAUCUUGGUGUGAAGUUUGAGUAACUCUGUCUCUGUCAUUACCAAAAAAGAUGAAGUGGCAUUUUGGUACUGGAGAGUAAACAUAUACACAUGGAGAAAAAAGCUGGCACUGAAUAGUGGAAAGGCAGCACUUCUUAAUUCUGAUACCAAAAUUGGGCAAACUCAAAUACUGAGAAGCCAAAACAGACAAAUUCAGUUUUCUGUAGUAAGUAUAACUAAAAGUGAAAUAGAGGAGGUAUUGAACUCUUAAUUGGCUGAGAGUUAAAAUGUUAAAUAUAGUUUUCAAAAAACAAUUUAGCUAAUUUCGAGAAAAAAUAUUUCUUGAUGUUGUACAAACAAAUCAGAUGAGAUUUUCAUAGUGGUAGAUUUUGGCUUCGAAAUAGCAAAACUUUGGAGCACAGACUGCUCUCAACACUCAGUGUAUCACCAGCUGUCCUGUAAUUUUAUAGCUGCUUCUUAAAAAGUGUUAGAGAAUGAAAAGCUUAAAUUAAUGUAAUCAGAAGUGGUGAGUAUUAUAUGUUGGAGGACAAACUAAUUCUACGGUAAUUGAGUUUAUGUUUUAUUAUUUUAAUAGCCACUUGCAUUUCUUGCCAUUUAAAUUUGUCCACAAUGUAAGUGGUUUCCAUUGCUCCUAAUGCAGAAAUUCCUGUCUUUAAAUGGUUUGAGUAAUUUUACCGAGGGAUGUUGAGAGCACUGGCUCUGAGGUGGAUCUUCACUGGCAGUCAUCAAAUCCAGUCUUAGCACUGAAGUACCUGGAAUACAUCCACAUCUAAGAAGUGAGACAAUGUGCCUCAAAAGGUUCUAUGUUCCAUUUGCUAACAGUGUAACUUGAACUUGCUGGCAGUCAGUGAGUCCAGCCAGCAUUCUAACCACUAGGAUUCAUAGGACAUAUUAGUCACUUGAGACAGUCAGCUAGUGUCAUUAGAGAUUGGUUUGUGGGGUUUUGUUUUGUUUGUUUGUUUUGGGUGUUUUUUCACUUUUAUAGCUAAAAUCCGUGUUCUGUUUUUAAUUAUCUAGUAUUUCAGAAGAUUAGGCUCUUUGCUAUUUAAAUAUUUUGUUAGAGUACUUUGUCGGAACCGCAGCUCCCUUGUGGAAAUUGCCUAAAAGACUUCUCCCUAUUCAAGGCUGCUGUUUUAAGUCACUUUUAAAAUGAAGACGUGUCAAAUGUAUGGUUUUGUAUAAAGAAGCAAAAAAAUCCCAGUUCUUCCAAAACUAAACAAACCCAAACCGUUCCACAAUUCUUACUAAAGCUAUAUGACACUUUAUUAGCAUAAAAGUUUUGGGAAAGGCAUUUUGGUUGCCAUGGGGAUGCUUUUUACCAUCUUAUAGUGGACUUAAAGAUUAAAACAGUUGAUUGUGUUUGGGUUUUUUGGUUUUUCAUUUUGGUUGGUUCCCCUCCAUCCCUCAUCCCCACAGCUCAGUGGUGGAACUUAAAAUUGUUCAUUGACAGUUCCAGGCAUAUGUCAGCUUUUCUUCCCCCACUGGUACUUAGGUGGUGGAUUACCUUCUACUUCCUGAAGAGUAAUUUGCUGAAAGAGGAAAAAUUCUUGAUCACAACCCAAGUAGUAAUGUUAUAGUAAGAAUAUAGUUCCUUGCUUGGAAGCCUAGAAGAUGAUGAAGCCGAGAAUACUUGAUUUCAGGUUUUUUAUGUAUUUAUGGAUGCCAGCUGGAGUUAGGCAGUAAUUUACAACUGACUGAAAGCCUAAAAAGAUAAAGCUAAUUAGAAAUUAAAACUUGCAAGAUUUUGACCUUUUGCUUCCCAAAAUAUGGGAACAUGUCUUGCACAGGAGGGAGAUGAGCUGAUUAGUAUUUCUUGUAUCACCAGCUUUUAGAGUUUCAGGAUAGUUUCAUUCCAUUUCCACGAUACAUUUGAUUGCUACCUUACUUUCAUAAGUAUGCAAUGAAAUUUUUUUUUUUUUUUUUCAUUCAAUUACAAGCAUAUUUAUGAGCAGUAGAGGAUGUAAAUAAAUUUUUUUUAAAGCCAAAUAGAGGAAUUGCUAAUUCUUGGACCUCUUGUCUAUUUGCUUAUCUCCUUGUGCAAUAUGUUAAGUUGGAUGAACACAUUUUUCUAGUCUGUUCCAGUUGCUCUUACUACAGGGGUGUGUUACUAUCUCAUGUUUGAAUCACUGCUCCAAAUUGCUUGUAGGCAUUUUAAUCCUGGAUGUUGCAUCCUCAGUGUUUCAUGGUGAAGCCCACUAUGGUUGAGGCUAAGUACUGCUAACAUUUUCUGCUAGUGACACAGAUGUUUGGAUAACUAAUAAACAAAAAUUGCCUGCAGAGUUUGACUGCCUGAUAGUGUGUAGAUGUUUUUAGGUGACCAUUCUUUGAGGCUUCAGUAGCAGUUCAAAUGUGUCAUACAGCUCCAACAGAUAGUUUUUGCUUCCAGCCCAGUACAGAUGGUGUUUUUCUGAUUCUCCACUUAGUCCUCUGUUACAUAAACAGAAUGCACCAAUUCAUAUAAGUGGUAACAAUAUCAAACUUUAAACUAUUAUUCCUGGAUGAUCUUGAAUCUGACAUUGCUUAAGCAGAUGGCAGUACUUCUCAAUCCACUUCAGGCAUUCAGAAAUAAAGUAGAUUUGUGUUAUCUGUUGUUUUUCUUUACAACUUUAAAUCUCAAGUUUACCAAAUUGCAUGUGUGUUCUAUGUAUUUAAUGCUUCACUGAAAUGAAAGAGGGAAGGUUGAUUUCUGCUUAGAUGCUAAGGAUAAAACAUUUGAGCAAGGUAAAAAGAAAUGCCUCUUGUUCAUUGGAGAGGAUGAAAAAUACUCAGUGGUAUUGAAUUUCCUAAGGAGCACUCACAGUUUAGAUUGCUGGAGAUAAGAGGUACAUUCAAUCUCAAGGUUUUCAGAUCAGUAAUUUUUUAUCCAGCAAGAAACCCCACUUUCUUCUUUACAUGUACUGUCCAGGGUAUUACCUUCUUAUUUCUAAUUUCUAUUUUGUUUUUCACCCAGCAUUAAAUUUAGUAGUUACAGUACUAACUGGGGUGAUUGCCAGACAUCAGAGCAGUUUCAGAGAACCUUUAGUAGCAUGUCUUAAUGUCAGUUUUGGUUUAAUAUGUGCUAAAGACAUCUGAAUCAAAACUUUGUCUUUCACAUUCCUUUUAUUUUAAUUCAUCUCAGUUCUUUGUGAUCCCUCUCCUGUUAAAAAAAAUAAACAAAUACUGGUAGUUGUUUAUAGUUUAGAGUAUUCCAGGCUUUUUUUCUGUUGGGAAUUACUAAUAGAUAAAUGAUUAAUAGCUGCCUUUUAAAGACUUUGUCACAGUUGGAUAUUGUAAAGACACUGCUGUACUUCAGGUGAACGAGGUAGAGCAUUGGUUGGUGUGAUUUGUGUAUGAGUGGUAAAGUUAUCCUUUGAUUGUUUAUUUGUGUCUUAAGUUAAUGCUGCACAAUUAUUUUCAGACUUGAAUUAAUUUAAAAUUAAGGUCAGUAUAUCCAGCCCUACAAAAGUUGGUCUUCAGUUGUCAGCCAUCACUCCAUUCUUACAGAAAUUAAUGACAAUCUUGAAUAUUUGUACUAGCUUGUUAGCUUGUUGGGUGGUAGAAUGGAUUCUGAUAAGUCUUCAGGUGGAAGGCAGAGAACUUCUGAAGUGAACUAGGUAUCCUGUUUUCUUUAUCAGCUUUCAAAUCCAUCUCCCAGUAAGAUGGAGUCUCCCCAGGGGAAUGUAGAUGUACUUACUGCUUGGAACUUUGUAGUUAAUUAUAUUUGGCUCUCUAAUUCUAAUAACUUGCAUGUGUGCUAUGCUUGCUUGCUUUUCAAUAGCUGACAAAAUCUAUAGGAGAUCUUGGGAGUUUGUAUUAAAAAAUUGCUGUUUAAAAAAAAAAAAA